CAUUUUCAAUCCGCUCAUAUUCUUACAACUUCAAACCAUAGACACAGAGAGAAAACCUGAAAAAUGGGAAGCUCCAAACACUACUGCCGUUUUCUCCUGAUUUCUGCAGUACUAGCCCUCCACGUGGCCUUAUCAACCUCAUCAACUGCAGCCGUUGAUUUCAUCCCAAUGGAAUCGGGUUGCCGCGGAUCAAUCGCGGAGUGCUUGAUGAGCGGCGACCAAGAUUUCCUGAUGGAAUUCGCGAUGGACAGUGAGAUCAACCGGCGCAUCUUAUCAGCUACCAGAUAUAUAAGCUACGGUGCGCUGAGGAGGAACGUUGUGCCCUGUUCGAGACGCGGCGCCUCGUAUUACAAUUGCCGACCAGGAGCUCCGGCCAACCCCUACUCUCGCGGGUGCAAUCGUAUCACUCGCUGCAGGAAUUGAUUUUGUUUUAAUUUUUUCAAAAUUUUUCCCAUUUGUUUUAAGAUUUUUUCCCAAAUCACUGUAUUUGGGGGUGUUUUAAUUGUGAUUAUUAUGUGCUAAUUGUGUCUAGACAUAAAUUUAUGAUGGGUUUAUGGAAUAAAAUAAAAUUUUAAAAUAUA